AUGCAGACAACAACUUGGCUCCCUUUUCCAUGCCUAAUCCAUGCCUUGUGUAAAGCUGUAACGAUUCCUCCUAUUCCCAAACAUGAUCUCAUAGCAAAAGCUGUUCAGGAUAUUGACAUCACCCUGAUAAAUGAUGCUACAGAUACAGAGGUCGACAAUCCAAUGGAGCCUUCACUCACUCCUCCUCCAUCCUCAGCAACACAUGCUACCUCAUCAGACACUCCUUCCGUACCAGCCACUUCCACAUCUACUCCUAGACAAGCCACUACACCAUUAACUGCCUCAUUGCCUGCACUCUCAAAGCUUAGUCUACUGGCACAACAUGCAAAUGCCAAAGUAGACAAACUACUGAAAGAACUUACAUUUCUCAUCCAACAAGCACUGGCCCCAAUCCAAACCUCAAUCACUAGUCUUCAAAAACAAAAUCUAUCUCAUGAAGAUCGACUCAAGCACUUUGAAGUGCGCCUUGAGAGGGUUGAGCGAGGCGAAGUUGGGGACAUGCCUCAACUUAAGAGGGAGGUAGCUAAGCUAAAGUCAGAGUUGCUUGCAGUGCAAAAACUGGAGUUUGAUUUUAGCUCUCUUCUUCCGGAGGCAGGGGAGCAGGGCACUGGUACCUCCCAGAUUCCGAGCCUUGGACUUGACUUCAACAACCUCAUGACAGCUGAGGUGGCCCCUGAGGUGAGCCAUGGUACUAAGACAUCACAAGCUGCAAGCUCUAUUGUGCACAUAGAGGAUCAUUCAGAAGAGGAAUCCGAAGGGUCUGAGGAGGAAACUGAUGAAGAGGAAACUGAGGAGGAAGGGUUACUUGAGGAGGAUGAGGGUCAGCAGAACAACAAAGCCAAGCAGAUUGCUGUUUUUAUAGAGACACCGGAUGAGGAGGAAGAAGAUGUGUGCAGAAAGCUAUUGCACAUUCUGUUGUAG